CUGGUGUAGGCCUCUGUGAAGCCUGAACUCGAGUAGGGCCCAAGCCAGCCAGGAAGGAGGAGGCAGCCAGAGUGGCCACCACUGUUCUCUGCAACAGAAGACCCCUUGCUGCCAGCGUUCAUAGGUGUGUUCAAAGAGCAGAGAGAAGCUCAAAGGCACUUUACAGCUGUGACAUGGGAAACACGUCAACUCUCAACGCCGAAACCAGCGGCGGCGGCGGCAGCAGCUUUGCUUCUCGCAGACUCGGCGGACGCACUAUUCUGGUUCUAUGAGGGCGGAAGGACCUCUGCUGUUCACACGGGCGCACUGCAGCUUCGACAAGUACUGGCAACUCCUGCCAUGGUCAGGAAGAGGGCAUCCUCUCCCCAGUCAAAGGAAUGAAGCCGAAGCUGUACCGCGGGCUACCAUUUCCUUAGCAUCAAAAGAACCUCGAGAUUUUCUCCCAGGAUUAAAAUCCUCCACCUCGUGGACGUAUUUAUCUGUCUAUAGCGCACACUCACUACAUUUCGCCAAGCCCCUACCGAGGACGGCACGCUCUUCUCUUGAGAUUAAAGCGAAGUGUAAACAAACGUCCUCCUGCACAAAAGCCCACUCUGCACUUGAGGGAAUUAUGUUCCGGUUCAUGAGAGAUGGAGAACCAGAGGAUCCAAUGUUUGUGAUGGACCCUCUUGCCAUUCAUCAUCAGCACGUGAACCGUGUGCUCUCAGGUGGCUUUGGUUACACCCCCUUCCUCAGCAUUGGCAAUGGCACCGUACCUGGAACUCGCCAGGCUAGCCGAAGAAUGCAGGCAGGAACUGUUUCACCCUUUGGGAUGCUAGGAAUGGCAGGUGGUUUUAUGGACAUGUUUGGCAUGAUGAAUGACAUGAUUGGGAACAUGGAACACAUGACAAGUAGCACCAACUGCCAGACGUUUACCUCCUCAACUGUCAUAUCCUACUCAAACCUGGGGGAUGCCCCCAAAGUCUAUCAGGAGACCUCAGAGACGCGCUCUGCACCUGGCGGGAUCCGGGAAACAAGACGAACAGUGCGAGACUCGGACAGUGGCCUGGAACAGAUGUCAAUUGGGCACCACAUCCGGGAACGUGCACACAUCAUGCAGCGUUCACGCAAUCACCGCACGGGUGACCAGGAGGAGAGGCAAGACUACAUCAACCUGGACGAGAGUGAUGCAGCUGCAUUCGAUGAUGAGUGGAGGCGAGAGACAUCCCGCUUCCGGACGCAGAGAGGGCUGGAUUACCGGCGUCACGAGGGGAGCAAUGGCCGUAGGGCUGAGGGGACUCGUCUUGCUAUUCAGGGACCCGAGGAGUCUCCAACCAGACAGUCGCGCCGGUACGACUGGUGAAUCCAGAGCAGACUUAAGGGGGGGUGUGAUGCAGUCACCCCCAAAUCUACCUUCAUGAUCUUGUACAGACAGUGAAACUCUGAUGGCGAAGCCCCUGCAGAAAUCACCUGGACCUUCCUCAAGUUGAAUACUAGCCUCCUGCCCCUCUUAAGAAUUAAAUUAAGUGACUAACGCUCUGCACAGUUGCCCUCCUUGCAUAGAGCAACUGGCCAAGGGGAAUAUGAGGGACUUUGUCCAUGAAUGAGUGACACACCCCUUUUACUUUGUUCUUUUUCCUCUAACUCCUCCCUGCCCGUCCUUGAGCUCCCCUACCUGCUCCCUCCCCUUAGUGUUUUUUGGGGGAUGCAGGAGUGAUCUCCUUGAGUUCUUGCCAUCCCCUCUGUAUCUCCUGCUCCAAGUUUGGCUGGUUCUGGAAUUUGUAUUUAAUACACCCACCCAAGUGGCAACCGUGUAAGAAAAUCGGUUGACCUGCUAUUAGUUUCAAGCACUUGGAAAAUAACUUUUAGUCACCUUUGCUCUUGGCUUGCCUGCCUGCCUGCCUGCCUGCCCUGGAAAUGGGGUAUGUAUAAAAGGGUGCAAAGAAUCGGGUGAGGUGUGGACAAACCAAACAGGCCCUACCUCUCCCCCCAAUCCAGUUGGCUCCCCAUCUUAUCAAAUUUGAUUUUGUGAAACUUGUAACUAGAUGUUCUGAGUUGAAUAAAGAAAUGGAACCUGUAAAGCAAA